UGUUACUUUUGUUUUCAUGAUUCAACAUCAAAUCAUUGAGAAUAAAAACCGGCCGGCUUAUUUUCUUUGAUUUUUCUCUCCAAUAAAUCUGUAUAUUUAUAAUAUAUAAUUUGUCCUUUUUAUUUUCUAUAAAGAAAGAACAAAAAAUUUUUUUUUUUUUUUCCUCCAAGAAAAAUGGAAGUUGAUCUCAAUAAUACAUCGAUUCGUGAUUGUAAGGGAGUUCGAAAAGAUAUUUUAUAUCAGGCCCUUAGUUCAACACAAUUACUUCAGGAAAAUAUUAAUAAUAACACACCAAUUCAAUUGGAUAAUGUUAUGGAUACAACGGAAAUUGUUAAUGAACAAUUAUCAUUGGAUGAAAAAGUUGAAAAUCAGGAUGAAAUUGUAUUAGAUUCAGAAGUGAUGAAAUUAUCAUCAAGCGUAAUUCGUGAAUGUACAAAUUCCCUGACAAAAGAUUUUAAUUCAUACAAUCCUAAUGAAUAUGCCGAUUUUUUUAUUGAAUACACUCAAGAAAUAGGUGAAACAAUGAAUGAAAAUGUAAAUAUUUGUUGGGCAACAAUUGAAUUUGAAAUACUUCCAUUAUUUAGGAAAACAGUAUUUUUUUCAAAUUUAUCAGGCGCUCUAGAGCCAUUGCCAAAAAAACAAAUUCAAUUAAAAAAAACAGUUACACGACAAAAAAAAUUACCAUUGUCGCAAGUGAAAAAACCUGAGAAAAAUCAAAUUGCCGAAGAAACAGAUGCUGAAGAAGCAUCAGUUACUGUGCAAAAAAUAAGAAAAUUAAUAGCACAAUAUUUCAAUGUUAAUCAAAUGCCACUUGAUUAUUUUCAAUUAAUUCUUGAUCCAAAUGAUUUUGGUAAAACAAUUGAAAAUAUUUUACAUGUCGCAUUUCUUGUACGCGAUGGUUACAUUAAAUUAUUCACCGAAGAAAAUGGAUUACUGCAAGUAAUUGUUACCUCAAAGGAAUUACUUUCACAGGUAAAAAAUUCUGGAAAGAAAAAAUCUAUUCAGAAUAUUAUUUCACUGAAUUAUCAUCAGUGGCAGAUUCUUACGAAUUUUUACAAUAUACAGGAACCAAUGAUCAAUUUCUAAAUUAAUUGAAAUAAUCAUAGAAAACGUUCUUUAUUUAAUAUUUAAAGGUUAUGGUUUUUUUUUGUACCUAUUUGUUAUAACAUUAUUCAUAUUUAAAAAAAACACUGAAACAGUAUUUAUGUUCUCAUUUUCAUACUGUUGUUAAAAAAAAAAGUUUAUUCGUUUAAAAAAAGAAAUUAUAAAAAUUGAUAUGUAUUCAACGUUUUGAGAGUUUAAUUAUAUUAUCAUUUAUUACAAUAAAUGAAAAGUAAA